AUGGGUUUGUGCUGUUCAAGAAAGGAACAAAAACAACUAGACUCUAGUUUAUCACCAAAGGAUAUUCAACUAGAAUCUUCUUCUAUUUCACAAUGUCAAACUAGAGAAUUUCAAGCAGGAUGGUUUGAUUUGCCAUUUGAGUUAAGAGAAAUGAUAAUUGAUAUGAUGGGUCUCGAAGCGAAAGCAAUAUUUUCACAAUGUUCAACAGGUUGUUAUGAAGAAGUUGCGCGAAGUCGAAAUUAUGUCGAUAAAAUAAUUAUAAUUGGAAAUACAAAUCGAAGUAUUGGCAUUUUUGUAUAUGCGAAAGAUGAACUAUGGAUUUUCUUGAUGGAAAAAAAAUCUACUGGAUUUUGUGAAGUUGUUUGGUGGUUGAAUGCUGAAAUUCAUUCGAAAAUAACAUUUGAAAAUCAGAAUUUGAUUGAAAUUGUUGUGCGAUAUUUCAAUUGUAUUUUGAAGAGAAAUACAAAAAGUUUGAAAACUAUUGAGAUUUUCAUUGUGAGUUUUGAAAUAAACAAUUUGAAAAAACCUAGAUUUUAUUUUUCAGGACGAUUUUCCGUAUAAUCAAUCGAAUAUCGAUAAUUUGAAACAUCAAGAACUCGAAGAUUUGACACUUUUCAAGAAUAAAAAUGGAAUUGAUCCGAUUUCAAGUGGAUUUGUGAAUUCUGAUACAAUUUCUCGUUUUCGAAAUGAUGUCGUGAUUCCGAAUAUUCAACUUUUGAAUUCAUUGUUUAAAUUCCAAUCAAAAACACGGAAAUUAAAUAAUCCGAAAUUUUCGUUGAAUGAAUUUGAUGGAUUUUUGAGAUGUUUUUUGAUUGAAGAAAUUUUAAUUGAUCAACAAAUCGAUAAUAUUAUAUUGAAUUUAGAAGAAAUUGAUAUUAAUUUCGAUGAUUAUGUUCAAAUUAUCGAAAAUUAUACAAAUCCUGGUGUUCCGGAGGAUAUUUAUCAUAUGAAAUUUGUUCGUUUGUCAAACAAGAUUGAAAAUCGACAAUUAUGUAUUGAUUUGAAAGAAAAUUGUGUUUUAUUUAGUCAAAAAUGA